UGGUCCCAUACCAGUACGGCGGUAAGUUGUUACAGUCCACUUCGCCUGCCGCUGACCAUACCCCUGGUCGGCGUCUGUGGUCCAUAAAUCUUCUAUCCGUUUGAUGUUGCUCGCCACUACUUUUUUGAGAGCGUUCACAUCUCCUUUGCUCCGAUGGCUACAAGAGAAGCUAAAAAGACGGUCUUGAAGUUCGAAUCGGAGGAUGACGUGGCGGUGGCUCUUGCAAAAUACACCGCCGACUUGUCGGAGAAGUUUAUCCGGCAGAAAAACUCUUUCACUGUUGUCCUCUCCGGUGGCAGUCUCAUCGACACUAUGAGGAAACUGGUGGAUGAUCCAUACAAGGAAUCAGUGAAUUGGUCCAAAUGGUUGAUCUUUUGGGUUGAUGAGAGGGUGGUUCCUCUAGAUCACCCUGACAGCAAUUAUCUUCUUGCCUUCAAUGGUUUUCUUUCCAAGGUUCCAAUUCCCUCGAAAAACAUAUUCGCAAUAAAUGACAAGAAAUCACCUGAAGGAGCUGCAGAUGAUUAUGAAACUCGCCUCAGGCAGCUUGUGGAGUCUAAAGUUUUGCCUGUCUCUCCCACCGGAUUUCCUCAAUUUGAUCUAAUGCUGCUAGGCAUGGGCCCAGACGGACAUGUGGCGUCUCUAUUCCCAAAUCAUCCUCAGCGUCAUGAGAAGGAACGUUGGGUAACUUUCAUCACGGACUCACCGAAACCGCCACCCCCAAGGAUCACCUUCACAUUCCCGGUGAUCAACUCCGCUUCUGAGAACGCAAUGGUGAUUACCGGUGGUGAGUUGGCUUACAUGGUGAAUAUUGCUUUGGGUGAUGGGGUGUCCCCUGAUGGGGUACCCCCACCUUGCACUGAGGUUUCUGCCGAGGAUGAGUUGACCUGGUUCUUGGAUAAGGAUGCAGCUUCUAAACUGAGAUGAACCUAGCUUAUGAUCUCGGUUCUAAGAACCAACUAAGGCAAUUAGACUAAUAGUUAUGAUGAUAAUAAUAAGAAAUACUUUAUUGCCGGUCAUCUUGUUGGUAACUGGAUCCUGAAAAAUGAAUAAAAUGUGCAAUGCGUUACAUGGCCUGACCUCCUCACUUUUGCAGACAUUGAUUAGGAUUUGAGUUUUAUACUGCGCCUCUCUGAAAUCAAGGAUCCAUCAACUUGAAAAUAAAUUUCAACUGUAAUUAAAGCGGUCCAGCCCAACUGGUCGCCGACUCACUCUCCCUUACGGGAGGUCUCGGGUUCGAAACUCAAUGGACCGAGUUUCAGCCUAGAUUACCCCAGCCCCCAGCCCAGACUCCCCCCCUGGAGUAAAAAAAUGUAACUUUGAUUAAGCUGGAUUAUAUACUUGAAAUAUUACAAAUAGUAUGAAAAACUUGUAUAUGAAAAGCAUUAGUAUUUUUAAUUCUUU